ACUAUUGAAAGAUAAAUGAGGGCUUUCCCUCGAAAAAAUAUUUUGCUCAUUAGCAAAUUCUAAAGUCAAUAUUGAGACUGCUCAUCCGUAUCAUGUUUUUCACACGGUUUCCCUUGGAGACUUUCAGCUGGAUAUCAAAGUAUCCCAAAAAAGGUCAGACCUGUCAUCCUCAUCGACGAACAUUUUCCUGUUCUGAGGAAGAUCAGGCUCAUUUGAGGGUCGUAUUUCCAGCCCCCGGAAACAGGGUGGCCCUCAACAUCGAAAAUCUGCCUUACUGAUAAGAGAACGUGAGUAACGUGAUGUCCCAAGGUGAUUUUUCCAAGGUGAACCGGAAAAAUCGAAAAAUGCAAUCUCGCUUGUCGCUGAGGAGACAUUUAAGUCUCCGUGAGCUCCUGGGAGAAGCGGAAAUAGACGACAAAGAACAAUUGCCACCAAGCACACAUUUACUUGCAUAUUCUCAGUACUGUAAAUCUAGGAAAAAGGCGAAGAAAAUCCAAAAGGGCCGAAAUGUCUUGCAGAAAGGGCAUGUUGACGUGGAAUCGGAACAAGAAGAAGCGAAGCAUUAUACGGAUCCAAAUGCCGCAACUACUAUAACAGAUAUAUAUCCCGAUUACUUUAAUGAAUUUAAAGGUCGGGUUUCCAAAGAGAGAUUUUCAGUUCGCCAGUACAUUGAUGAUACCAGGGAGGUGUUAAUUACUCGUCUUCUAACUGGCCAAGAACGUGAUGACUGCAUUCGAAUCGAUCAACAAUUCGAAGAAGAGCAGAAAAGAUUAGACAAGAUAAAGAAAAAAUACCUCCUUUACGUGAAAUGCUUCGAAGAAUUUUUGGCUGAAGAUCACGAGGAAAGUAUGAGGGUGUUAGAUGAAGCUCGGGAAGAAGAAAGAAAAACGUUAGCAAUUACUUCAAAGAGGAACCAACUUUCAAAGGAGUACGGUCAAGUCAGAUUAGAAGUGUAUUUUUGGGAGGAAGCUUGGCGAAUGGUGAAGCAGUGCCAAAAUUUUCUUUACCAGGUAUCACCAGUUUCCUGGCGUGAAGAUCACGAUUGGAUUAACAAAGAAGACUCUUGUUCAAUCACGAGCUCAAAAAAAUCUGCAGAUUUCUAUGGUUCUCUAAAAACUAACGAUGAUGCAACUUCUUUAGAGUCUCUCAUAGAUAUGUUUGAGUUGGAUGUGAAGAAUGCAAAACAACCUGAACUCUAUUUUGAUGAUCCACUCGAUCUGAUCCGUGUCUUCAGGACGAUCGAGUUGCAAAAUCUCAAUGCUCUGAUUCAUCUGGAAUCAUUAGCUGGACCAAUGGCCGAUAUGACCAUGACUAUAUUGAUGACUGAAGAGAGAAUUAAGUCUGAAAUGGAUGAAAUUGUUGAAGGGAUUAAGGAUCUAGAGGAAGCUAUUCGAGGUGCUGAAGAACGUGCUGCUAGCCUAGAACAAUAUGCAAAUUAUUUACUACAUGGUGUUUUCCGAGAUUUAGUCUGUUCGGAACAAGUUUUAUACUUGAGGGUUUUCAUUGAGGACACAUAUGUGGCAUGUGUGGCAGAUAAUGAUGCUAAUCUUGACAGUUUUACAAUGAUGCGGUCGAUUGAGAAGACAUAUGAAGACUCAAACAUAGAGCUCGACAAUUUACCCCACGAAGUGGUUCUCCUCUGUGAGAAAAAGGGAUUCAGAGAAGAAAUGAAAGUUUUGAAAGAGGCUGAAGAUGCAGAAAGAAAGUUCGCACUGAUGCACCGACUCUUGGCAGCCUUGAGACGGAUCAUGGAGCCGCCAAAGCCCAAGAAAAGGCAACUGAUGUGUAGAUCAACGCCUAAGCAGCCAAAACCAAAACCUGUUGUACAGUUACCACCACCCACGGAUCAAGAGCAGCAGUACUUGAAUUUCUUCACAAAUUACUGCCCACAGGAUAAUCUUAACAGCUUCAGAGAUCAAUUCGCGGAGGACUUUGAUCUUUUUCUUAAGGAGAAACGAUCCAAAGACCUGGGCCAAAUUACAGACAAAAAAGAUGCGGAAGAGUGUCCCUUUUUUAGCUGAAGUGGCACUGAAUCAAAUCCUUUUUUUAUUUAUACCUACUUAGAAUGUGGAAUCGAUAUAUCCAGAAGAACGUAAGAUCGCGUGCUUGACUGAUAAUAUCAGGUUUAACCCACUUUCUACCUAGUCACUAUUUACUACUAGGAAGCAAUUCAAAGCAGGAUCUAAGAACCUCGCGUGACGAAUUUAUGAAAACUGGCGCAAAUAUAUUUCUGAAAAUGA